CGCCGAAGAGGCUCGCUCCGACCGCCGCCGCUGCUGCCUCUGCCGCCGCCGCUCUUGCUGAGGAAAAGGGGGAAUUUGUUUAAAGCUGGGAUCAGCUUCAUGACUGCGAGGAACCAGGGGUCGCCAACACCAUCAUGCGAGCGCAAAUUGAAGUGAUACCAUGCAAAAUUUGUGGUGACAAGUCCUCUGGAAUACACUAUGGAGUCAUCACAUGUGAAGGCUGCAAGGGAUUCUUUAGGAGGAGUCAACAGAACAAUGCCUCAUACUCCUGCCCAAGGCAAAGAAACUGUUUAAUUGACAGAACCAACAGAAAUCGUUGCCAACACUGCCGACUGCAGAAGUGUCUUGCCCUAGGAAUGUCUAGAGAUGCUGUAAAAUUUGGAAGAAUGUCCAAAAAACAGAGGGACAGUCUUUAUGCCGAGGUACAGAAGCAUCAACAGCGACUGCAGGAGCAACGGCAGCAGCAGAGUGGCGAGGCUGAAGCCUUGGCCCGUGUCUACAGCAGCAGUAUCAGCAACGGGUUGAGCAACCUGAACAAUGAAACUGGUGGCACUUACUCUAAUGGGCACGUCAUUGACCUGCCGAAGUCCGAGGGUUAUUAUAAUGUGGAUUCUGCCCAACCCUCCCCAGAUCAGUCUGGCUUGGACAUGACUGGAAUCAAACAGAUCAAGCAGGAACCUAUUUAUGACCUCACCUCCGUACCAAACUUGUUUACCUAUAGCUCUUGCAACAAUGGGCAACUAGCUCCAGGGAUAACCAUGACAGAAAUAGAUGUCUUAUAUACACUACCCUGCACUGAGCCUCCCUUCCCCCCACCUCCCUUCUUUACGGCAGAGAACCGAAGCAGACAGUUCCAGGCUGCUACGGUGAUCCUGACAGAUCGAAUUGCACAGAAUAUAAUAAAGUCCCAUUUGGAGACGUGCCAGUACACAAUGGAGGAGCUACACCAGCUAGCCUGGCAGACCCACACAUAUGAAGAAAUCAAAGUAUACCAGAGCAAGUCAAGAGAAGCAUUGUGGCAGCAGUGUGCAAUCCAGAUUACACAUGCUAUUCAAUACGUGGUGGAAUUUGCAAAACGGAUAACGGGCUUUAUGGAACUCUGUCAAAAUGAUCAGAUUUUACUUCUCAAAUCAGGCUGUCUAGAAGUGGUUUUAGUAAGAAUGUGCCGUGCCUUCAAUCCACUCAACAACACUGUUCUGUUUGAAGGGAAAUAUGGAGGAAUGCAAAUGUUCAAGGCUUUGGGUUCAGAUGAUCUGGUGAAUGAAGCAUUUGAAUUUGCAAAGAAUUUAUGUUCGUUGCAGCUAACCGAGGAAGAAAUUGCCUUGUUUUCGUCUGCUGUUCUUAUAUCACCAGAUCGGGCUUGGCUGUUAGAACCAAGGAAGGUUCAGAAGCUUCAGGAAAAGAUUUAUUUUGCACUUCAACAUGUGAUCCACAAGAAUCAUCUUGAUGAUGAGACUUUGGCAAAGUUAGUAGCCAAGAUUCCAACUAUCACUGCACUUUGCAACCUGCAUGGAGAAAAACUGCAGGUAUUUAAACAAUCUCAUCCUGACAUAGUGAACACACUGUUUCCUCCAUUAUACAAGGAACUGUUCAAUCCAGACUCUACCACUGGCUGCAAGUAAAAGGAAAGAUAGAAUAUGUCACAUAGUCCUGGAAUGCAUCACUGUUAAGACAAAAGAAUUGUUUUCAUGAAGACUUUCUUUUUUAAAAAAAUGUCACUACUGCAACACUAGGAAUGUCCUGCACUUAAUAGAAUUAUUUUUCACCGCUACAGUUUGAAGAAUGUAAAUAUGCACCUCUGAGUGGGGCCUGUUUUCAUUUCUCUUCUUUUUGCUAUUUUUAUUUCUCCUUUUUUUAAUUUUUAACUUACCAGGAAAAUGUUGCAAAAUAUAGAACACUGGGUGUUACUUUUAUUUUUGAUUUUAUUUUAUUGGGGAUGUGUUUUGGGGGAGACAACUGUUUAUAGACAUUUUAUUGUAGAUAUAAAUGAAAACAGAGGGGCAAUUUGCAGUAUUGCUCUUGCUGUUUAUUGUUCAAAUAUAAUUUAAGAAAAUUCCACUAAACUAGGCUUAACUAUUUCUAUGUUUUUAACUAGUUAAAUGCAUGUGGCAAUUUGUAACUGUCUUGGAAAUAGGUGUGCGUGUAUGUAAUAUAUAUAUAUAUAUAUAUAUAUAUGGGCAUGAGCCUUUCCUGUGUGGAUGCAGCAUUGGUGCAAAGACGAUUCCUAGGUGAUGGCGGGUAAAGUUCCCUGUUUCUCUUUUGCCGUCUGAAGAUGUACACAGGCAUUUCCAUGUAGCAUUCCAAAAAUGGAGAGGUAAAUGGGAUUGUCUGUUUUUAGCUCCCACAUCUAAUCCUCCUUUUCCACUCAGUGUGAACGGUGGGGUCUUCCCAAUUCCUGUAAGUGUCUGUUACCCUAUGUGUGAUCUGAAGGGACAGGGGAAAAUAAUCCUAGUGGGAUCCUUGGCUACACAGGCAAGGAUCAUGUCUUGUGUAUAUAUAAAAAGUAUAUAUCAGGGAUGGGCAAGUUUGGUAUUCUCUGGGGCUAACUCUACCUUCAGACAAUGGUCAUGUGCCGGAAGAGUAUGUUACUGCACAGUUCAACAUUGUCAUCAUCAUCAUGGAUGAUCCUAAUGCAGUUUCUUGGCUGGGGGAUUAUGUAAGAAAUAGAAAGAAAAGAUGCCAGGUUUCUAAAUCAUUAACUCUCUGACACAUGCACAGUCCUCCCCUGCAAGUAAAAUUGAAUUGCAAGAGUUUAAUUACAUAAUGAUUCCAAUCUGGGUUUUGGAUAAGAUUGCCUCAUGAGUUACUAGUUAGCCAUCCUUGUUGUAUAUUAUUAUAUAGUACACAUAUAUAUGAAAUACGCACACACUUGUUGUAGCUUAAAGAAAAUGCCUAUUUUCUAAGGAUGCUCUCUUGCAUUUUUUAAACUCUCCAUAUAAUGUGUUGGUUUUAUGUUGAGCAAUUGGGCUUUUGCUCUGCCAUCCAUUCACAUAUAAUGAAAACAUGAUUCAAUUUCUGGUCAGUUUGUAUAUAAUAUGUAUGCAGUACCCGGUCACUGAAUGAUGAAAAGUCAGGUUAGUAUUAUUGGUGCCAAAGCCUUGUCUGGAUAAUUCAAAGGGACAGAGAUAAAGUUAUUGGGAGAAUCUUUUUCCUCAGUGAUAGUAAUAAAGCAUAUAUUAAACAUAAUAUUAUAGGACAAAAUGCCAAUAGAGUAUUUAAACUACAGAGUAAAUUGUAUACCAUCCCAAACAGUACAUUUGUUUUGUGAGUCAGAAAGAGAGUUUAUUUUAUUACCUUCCUGAAACAAAAAUAAUAAUAAUUGUUAUUAUUAUAGGGCUCGGUAUUGCUCUGUGUUCUCCAGGGGAUAGCGAAGUAGGCCCAUGUUGCAUCUAAAAGUUACACAAAGAACCAACCAGUCAUCAGCAAAGACAUUAUUGUAAGCUGUAGGAUGAGAGUGAAGGCUUUCCAUGUGUACACCCAUCAUCUAAUGCAAUUGUAACAUUCCAGUGUCUGGGUAAACAGCUGUUUUUACUGGUUCACUUUACUUCAUAUCCAAGGCUCAGGUGGCCUGUUACCUCUUAACAAAACUGGGGAAGCAGAUUAAUUCAUUAGUGAUAAUUGUAAUCUAAAUAAAACAGAUCUUGAGUCUACAAAUGAAAAAUUAUUAUUAUUAUUUUAUAUUUUCUCCACUAGGUCCUACAGUAUUUCUUCAGAAGCCUCUUUUACACACACACACACACACACACACACACAUUCCUGGUUCUAUUACUGGAAGGAAUUGUGAGGGCAGUAGUAAAGGAAGUCCCUUCAGAUCCUAUAAUGUCUCCAGUGCUUCUUAGCAGUGUUUCCUCAAAACUGUAUUUUAGAGCAAAUUAUUAGGAAAUGGGCAGUUGUUUUCCAAGGAUGGUUUUAAAAGAUCCCUGUGGGAACAAAGAAUCCAUGCUCACUCAUUCUGACAUACUUUGGAGAGGCUGCAGAACCCUAGAACAUAUCUGCACAAUCUUCUCUGAGCUUGUAAAGUUUACAAUGAGGGACUGCAGUUCCUAGAAUCCCACAGCCUAUUCUGGCAAAUGACCAUGUUGGCUGGGGGAUUCUGAAAGCUGUAGCUCUCCAAUGUAACAACCAGUAUUCCAAUUUCUACACCUUCCACUCCUGGGAGAUUCUGAGAACAAUAGGCUAUAUUCUGCUCAUUUAUUCAUUCUGUCAUUCUCCCUUUCUAGCAAUCAUUGAUUCUUUAUACAGUAUUACACUGUUCUUUGAUACUUUAUGCUAACCUUCCUUAUAUAACCCAAUAACCAAUGCUGUUUUUUAAAAGUCCAUUAUAUAUGUAGACUAUACUUUUUCAGACUUUAAUUCUGAACAUAUAUAACACACGUGCCAUACAAAUACAUUCUUGUUUCUUACUGAAUAACUACCCAAUGAUAAGCCAGCAUGGUGUAGUGGUUUGAGCAUUGGACUAUGCCUAAGACUAGGGUUCAGUUCCUCACUUUGCCAUGGAUACUCAGUGGGAGAUACCUCAAAUGAAGGCAAAGCCCUUCUGAACAAAUCUUUAGGAAAAAUUAGUUCCUUUUCUGAAAAGGUGAAAUGAUGUAAUCCACCAUGUUAUUGACAGUGUUACCUAACUUCUUCAACAAAGAAUUAAAUCUGACAUUGCAUGAUCAGCCUCUGGCUUACACUAUGGGAUUUUUCUCUCCACUUCAGUUAGUAGGGACCUUAUCAUAUGCAGUCUUCUCUGUGUUUUCUUCCCAUUUCUCCAUGUUGCCGAAACACACCCUUGAUUGAACUAGGAGCCAAAAGAAAAUUACCUUUUUCCUUUUGUUGAGACUAGUGGAAGCAUCUCCAUCUUCUGGAGGAGUUAUUUUGAAUACCAUUUAUACCUCUAAUAUUUUUUUAACUUAUAAAUAGAAGAACUGAGAAUAGAAAAGUUAUGAGACUGAUUUGAAUUUUGACAAAUAUACCUUUAGGUGGGCCUAGGACCUCUUCAGGCAGGCAGAAGGAAAAGGGAAAAAGGGAGGGAACUGUCCUCCUUCAUUCCCUACCAUCUUUCCCUGUCUUCUGGGAUGGCCUCCCAUCCCACAUGGUUUCUCAUCCUUUCCCCGUUUCCUCCUUGUGUUCUUCAAUUGGAGACAGGUAAUACCCGUCUGGGCUCUCUCUGGGCUCUGUAGGACUCUGUUUCGGCUACAUGGAGAAACGGGAAAAAGAUGCAAAGAAGACUGCAUAUGAUAAGGUCUCUCCUAACUGUUAAGUAGAAAUGAAAUGAAAGAUUUCCAUGAGUCCCACUGCAUGCCAGCCCCAAAACCUUUCUAAUCUUCAGUUCUUCCAGGUUUAACUAAGGAAAGAUAUUUCAGAGGUACAAUUAGUAUCCAAAUAACCCCUACAGAAACUGGAGAUGACCCAUAUUUGAUAACAUUUAUUACAGUGAAAACCAGCACAAUAGGACAUUUCCAACCAGGGUUUAAGGAGAUUUUAUUAUUUUUUGGAUUACAUCCCCCAGAAUCCCCCACCCAACAAAGCCACAUUGAACAAUCUUGGACUGCCUACUAUGACUUCUUGUAAUUCUGCUGUUCCUCUUCAAAUAACAGGAUACAGAGACUACAGAAUCUGCCCUAGUAAAUGAUAUCCCUUCUUCCUUUACUUAAUUUGUCUCUCCUCCACUGGAAGUAACAAACAAUAACACUUUAUAUUGUCUUCUGAUAAUGUAAGAGACAGAGUCACUUUAUUCUCAGUGUCUGAGCAGACAGAUGUAGACUGCUUGUUACACUUCUACAGGGACUUAAUUUUGUCUAAAUGUCACUCCUGCUGGCUCCCUGUAUAAAGAAUUAAUUCCAAGAGUCAUAUUUCCUUCUAAUGGAAAGAUUGCUUUACUGAUUGCUGGGAAAACAGGGUAAUAGAAGACAUUCAAUUAAACCAAGCUGUUUCCAAAUGCAAUAUAUAUUUGAUGAUUGUGUUAGAGACCGUGCAGGAUUUGAGGCUAAGAGCUCUUAUGCUCUUUUGACUCUCAUCUAACACAAUCUUCUUGAUUUCCUUCUUUUUUUAUUCUGCCUGGGUUUUACAGUCAUGGAAAUUUGGGUAGCUUCCACAUAGUAAGACUGGAAUGAAAUAAUUUCUUUUCUCCUAUGGCUACAUCUACCCAAAUUGCUACAUUACAAAUGGAACUCACUUUAAAUCCACUUUGAUUCAUACUGUUAGCAUGAUAUCAAUUAAGAAAGACUAAGGAAUUCUAACACCUACAUCAUGUACCAGCAAAACUGGACAAUCUCAGUGAUCUAUUCUUCAGAUAAGGUCAGGUUAACAAACUAUUGCCAAGUUCCAAUAAUUUUUUAUGGAGAAUAAAAGAUGGGGACAUUCCUUUGUACAGUGACAAGUGUUUUCUCCAUUGAAAAUUGAAAGGUAGAUCACCCCGUCCAGUUAUGAGCAUUUACCUUGGAGUAAAUGUAGAGUUUUGAAUUAAGGUGCAAGGGGACUCUCCAAAACAGUGAGAUAAGAACCGUGGGAGGGAAUAUCUAGAUAGGUAAAACUUUGAAACCUGAAACAAACAGCUUGGUUUUCCUUGACACUAGAAAGUGUGUGUGCUUGUGUGCAUGUGUAACAUGAUUCAGCCAUUCUGCCUCCUCUCUAUCCAUGUCUCUGACAUGCAGUGUGAACUGUAUGUUAUACACUAGCACCAUCUUACUCUUUCCUUUUCAAUCUUCACACUUUGUAAAUGACAAUCACUGCUUGAUGCAGAUGUUGCACUGUAUGCUGCUCAGGGAUAUAUUACCUUAUUAAAAAUAAUAAGAUAUAUGAAAAUGACAGUAAUAAUAAGGAAACAAUUAUUAGAAAUGUGUUGAAAGGUACAGAUUUAGAUGCCAAAAUGUGGAAGACCCAGACAAGGCUUUCAAGCCAGCUUUUAGAAAUGAUGUGGUUACAAACUGAAUUCACUGUUCCUUUUACCUCUGCAAUGUGCGGCCCUGAUUUUACACUUUGAUUCUGAGCACACAAUCCAUAAUGUGACCAUUUAUCCUUCGGGGGGGGGGGGGGGGGUGGACUCUGUGAACGUAAAAUGAAUUUCAAACCAUUGGAAAAUUAACAUUUGGAUUUCAAAGAUGUUUUCUAGGAUCAAAGAAAGUGGAUAAAGUACACUGCAACUGCAGACAUGCUUACUUGAAUAUAAAACCUCUCGAAGGAAAUGGCACCUAAAACUUAUUAUAGGUAAAUGUGCAAGAAUCUGGAAUUUGGACUUUGAAAAUAGUGACAUGUUAGUAACAUUAGCCACAAUUUUGCUGAUUUACCACAUGGAGAAAUACAUGAGACAGAUAAAGAAAAUGGAAAUUUUAAAAAAGGAUUAUUUCUUCUCAUUUUCGAAGUGCCCUCCAAUUGGCUUCUAUGUCAUGGCGAACCAAUAUUUUUCAUAAAGUACCAAGUCAUAACAGAAUGAAAAGUACUUCAUACAGUUAUUUCUGCUUUUUUUUCAUGUCAGGAGCAACCAGUCUUGCUUCUGGAGUGAGAGAAUUGGCCGUCUGCAAGGACGUUGCCCAGGGGAUGCCCGGAUGUUUUGAUGCUUUUUCCAUCCUUGUGGGAGGCUUCUCUCAUGUCCCCGCAUGGAGCUGGAGCUGAUAGAGGGAGCUCAUCCACACUCUCCCUGGGUGGGAUUCGAACCUGGCAGCUUUCAGGUCAGCAACCCAACCUUCAAGCCACGAGGCUUUUAUCCCCUAGGCCACCGGAGGCUCCUCAGUUAUUUCUGCUACCAAAUACCAAGCCAAGUUCUUUAUGAAAGUGUUACCCUAUGUUACUUUUUACUCUUUCUUCUGUGUCAAGUUCUAGAUACAAUCUGAGAGAGAGAAAAGUGGCGCUCAUGCUAUUUAAGGACCAUCUUGAUAUCAAGGUAGUAAAUAUUGUUUAGAAGAAAAGAAAUUAUAGGUUUCAGGUGAAGGUGUGGAAUCAGACCUCAUCUAGGUGAACAGAUUGUGAAAACUACUAAUACAGUUUCGCAAGUUGUAUAAAAAGGCAUCAAAUCUGAACAUACUCUUUAUUUCCAUUGUUCACUCUAUUUUUUUAUGUGCAGAAACUAAACCUUUAGGUUGGACUCCUUUUCCCAAAAUUUGAUUUGUCAUAUAAAGGAGAAAAACAAGAAAUUUGUGUUUCAAAUUCUAACCAUUAAUUCCUUUUCCAGCCAACCAGAAUGUGAGUUAUUCACUUCUAUCCAGAGAUGAUUUCUCCAGAGCAAUGAAAGUAACUUUCUCUAUAGAGCAAUAGUCCAGCAUUAGCAACUACCUAAUUCCACAAAUAUAGAAGAAGAACAUUCUGGUGCUAUAGUCAAGUAUUUUCUAAAUCCUAUUGAUCUCAGUGAGUGAGUUAAGUACCCCAUUAAAUCAUUCUACUGCAUGAAGAGGGUUUCAAAAGUGCUUAACCUUAUGUAGCUCACUUCCCUUUGGCGUAAGCAGGAUGAGUGCAAUGAAAAGCCUCUUAGUUUUUUUCAUUCUUUAUGGUUCUUCUUGCAAUCUUAAACAUAUGUGAGCAUCAAGAGGAGUGUUUAGGGUGAAGAAUUUGUCAGGUAUGUUUUUCCCAGUCCAAUAUUUAUUGACAACAGUUGCUGAACAGACUGGGACUCAAUAUGCAAAGGGAUUUGGCAGCACAUUUGAACUUAGCUGAAAGAAAGGAGUGAGUAGCAACCUGUACCUUGUGUGAGGCAGGAUGAUACAUACCGGCAUACCCCAUGACUGUUAAACUACCACUCCUGUUCCCCUCUUUGCCUAAGGGGACAGCACUGGAACCUCUUCUGCUGGUUCAGUUUUGACAGCUGGAGAACAGCUGGACAGAUGGGAACAAGGGACCCUCCAAUAUGGUCAGGGCAUAUAAUUCACCACCUUUUCUACUCUGCCACUGACUCAGGGUUUUCACUCCAUCACAUGGGCGAGUCAGCCCUACUAGGAGCCCUCCAUCUGGAAAAAACAUAUUGCCUUGUAUACUACGGUAUAUGCAGAGACCUUAGCCAAAGGAUUUCCAAGGUGGUGCAGACUGGGGAGCUGAGCUCUCCCUCUUGUAGAGUGAAUUGAGGCAGCCAACUCAAGAGAUCCCUUGUGGUCCUGCCACAACUGCUUCUUAUGAUCUUCUGGAUUACAUUAUUUAUGGACAAAAAAUUAGUAAUGUAAUCAUUUGUACACACACACACACACCUUCUAUUCUGAGAAGACUUCAACAGUUGGAGAGGCAGGCUUCACAGGAUCAAAGCUGCUGGACUUUUUGAUAGUUUUGAUAGUUUCAUCUGCAAUUCUCCUUGACCUCCCCUGAAUCUAGCUAUAACCAGCUGCAAUUGCAAAUUAACUUCAGUUCCCAAAGCAGGAAGAUGAGACAUGGACUUCUUAAGCAACAAUUCAUUAUUAUAAACUAUCCAAACUAUCUUCAUCUUGAAUUGUGAAGAUCCACCAUCUUUACAAAGGUACUGCUCAUAAUGCAGAAAAACACUCAAUCAACACAGCUGCCUGGCUUCUGGACUCUCCCGGGUAGUGUUCCUAGACAGACUGUUGUAAUGAAGACCCAUACCAUUGUAAAACUUAGUCCAAAUAAAUGGUCAAACUGAAUGUUCUUAAGAAUCUCCCAAGGGUAAAGAUGGUACCACGUCCCUGGGCAAACAGAUCCACAUUAUAUCCAUAUUACAUCCUCAUAGUUCGUUCUGAAUCUACAUUUCACCUCCAUAAAAUCAUGAUUCAGAGACAGAUAUAGAAAUAGUUGCUCUUCAUUUUUGAAAAAGUAUCUAAUAUCUCUGUGCCAGUAUUGGACUACUACUCUGGACAAGAGUUCAAACGUCUGCUCAACCUUGUAUAACCUUGGCCAAGUCCCACUCUGAGCAGCAGAGGAAAGCAAAAACACCUCUUCCCUUUGAAUGAAUCAUGCCAAGAAACCCCCCUGAUAGGUUUGCCAUACAUUGGAUAUGACUUAAAGGCACCCAAUAACAACAACCUAGUAUUUCUCCAGUGGUGACAAAUGCAUCAAUACUUCCUAAAAACAGCAAUCUGAAUGUAUAGCGACAUGGAUUGAUUGUGCUCAUAUACUAGUGUUUUAUAAAGUCAUCCACUCAGUUUACAUUAAGAAACGCACAAAAAGUUAAUGAGGAGAGGUGGCUGUGAUGGGGGGCACAAAACAGUCCUCUGCAUUAUGACAGAUGAGACGGUGAGGACAAACCUGCGUACAGUGAAUUUAGUAACUAGAUGUAUAAUACUUGCCUAUUUUUCUUGUCUCAGUGGUUAACCACAGAACACAGGAUGAAUGAAAGACAACAGCAUUGGAUAUAGCAGCAAUAAAUUCUGAGUGUUAUUUCUUUUUGUAAGAACAUUUGCAGAAAAUGUUUGCUUUGCACGCUGUCUUCUGUAAGCUAACAUAAAGAAAAGGCUUCAUCUACUGUAGAUAUAAAAGUUUUUGUUUUGUUUUCACCCAUAUUUGUUGGGUAAGGGGUUUUGGAGGAUGGGCUGCUAACUUGGUACUGAAGAUACUGCUAUUGGUUGAGGGGGGAAUGUAUGCUUGUGUCUAGAAAUGGCAGAGAUCCUUAAGUUUGAAUUGGCAGCAGACAGGUGUGUUCAACAGUGUAUGGAAUUCAGACAUAAAUUAAAAGAAAAAUGUCACCUUGUUUUAUAUAUAUAUAUAUAUAACAUUACCACAUUGGGUCAUUUAUUAUUCAAGCAGCAAACGCUCAAAUGAAUGGAUGAAUCGUAUUGCAAAGUUGGGCUGUUGCAAAGAACAGAUUUUACCCUCAAGAGUGUUCUACGUAAAACAGCUUAUUUUUUAAAAAAGCACUUAUCUUUGUCUUUGAUUAAUUCCCAGCUUAAAGAAUUGAAGCAAAUUAGCUUAGUCUAUCAGCUUCUUGUAGGGAUCAAAUGCACUAUGAUUGUGUUCUUUUCAAUGUGUCACUUCAAUGUCUGAAUCAGGCAAAAAAACAUAAUGUGUUAUUUAAUAAGAUGUACUACAAUGACAUGACUUUUUGAAGUUCUGUUGUGUAAACCAAGCAUUCCUCUCUGGGUGAUGGGGAUUUGCUCCUGCACUUAUUUUGGAAAGCCAUUGAAUGGCCUAACGUUCUCUUUCUCUUUGCCUCUCUAUUUCCUAUAGUAUGGCCUACUGCAAACAAAACACAGAGGCACAGUGAUUGUACUUGUGGCCAUAAACAAAGCACAACCAAAAUGUAUUGAGCUUUCCUAACUUCCUUUGAAAUGCUGUAGAUAGGGAUGCUGUAUUACAUUCGGCUAACUUUCCAGGACUGCUUCUUAAGUUAUUUUUAAUUCACUCAUAUUAGUCCAUGGACAGAGUAGCAAAGCAAAUAUAUAGCCACCAAACCUUUGUGGUUCUCCUUUCAGCCAGAAUAGUUAACAAUUUGAGGGACAGAGAAAAAAUGGCAGGACUUGCAUAGUGGGACCACAAACAAUAACACCCAAAAGAGAAGAUAGGGAUAGACACAAAAAUCACAGUAAGUGUACAGAAAGCAAAUUCCUAGCUUCAUGGAUCUGCAUGAGGCAUACCUAUGUUUAAAGAUAUAUGUAAUUUUUGUAUAAUUAUCUCUCAAAAAAAGUCAACAAACUUACAAAUUGUGUAGAGACGGGAUGUUAAUAGAAGUGAAGCCAUCACAGCGGUGUGUGAGAAUAAAAAACCUGGACCAAAUAAUCCUUAGAGAGAACCACUCAUUAUAGUCUUUGCAAUUCAGCAAUAACACAAUCUUAAUAACACUAAGUGUCAGAUAAUAGAACUACCUCCCAAUUCAGAGUCACCAAGCAGCAUUUAGUCUCAGCAUAUGAUGAAUAUUUGGUCUCAGAAUUAUAUCAAGAAAGGUAGGAAAAUAUCACUGAAGGCUAAUAUAAUUCUGCAUAAGUCAUCUGGCAUGACAAGAGUCUUCCAUCUGAGGCUCGUGGAAUUUGUCUGAAAGGCAGACAGAUCAGGCAGUGACAUAUCACAGUGUUCACCUGAAUUGUUGCAAAAAGUCAUGCCAUGUUGGCAUUGCCACUUAAGAUCUAAUUCAUUAGAAUCUUUUGGUCAUGAACUGGAACUGGAUGUGUGUGAAUCAAAAAGCAAUGCUAGAAGCAGUCCUCAGAUGACUACCAUGUCAAAAGUAACUUGUUCUGGCUGUAAACGAGAGGCAAUUGACAUAAAUUAGGAAUUGGAAUCCCUACACCAUUUCCUUCCUCUCUGCUAUCUGCCUUGUCUGAUAAAAACUGAAGGGACCCACAUCCACACACAAGAAUAAAAACUGAAUAUGUAUUGUAGAAAUGUAGAAGACAAAUACAGUAUUUUUUUCAAAAGGAAUUACUUUUAAUAUAUACUCGCAGAAGGUCUAAUACUAUGUAUGCUGUCUCUGUAACUUUUUCUUGUAAAUAACUUUGGGACAGUUAAAAAACGCUGAUUUCUUUUCUAUGUCUCUGUUUAAGCAUAAUACUUUGUAAUGCUUUUUUAAAGAGAAAAAAACAUCAAAGAGCAAAUGAUGUACUUGCUUCCUAUGAGUGUAAUGUACUCUUCAGUUUUUUAUGGAAACUGAUUGUAAUAGAUAAAGCCUUUUGAACAGCCUUGGUGUUUAGUGUCAUACUCCUGUUUUAAAACAGGGAGGGGGGAAGAGUUGCCAAUGAACCCUGCUCCAAGUCAGACUUGGAGAGGUGUUCCAGUGAGACUGUACCUUGAAAAUUGUGAAUACUGACUGUGUUAGAAAAUUCUGUUCCCAAAAGCAUUGCUCAAGCAAAUGAUAUUUCCUGACAGCUUAUCGGCAAAUCUACUGACAAGGUCUUUUGCAAACGUCCUGCUGAAACAAAUGAAAGUUGCACAAGAUCAGAGAAGUACACAAUCUGAUAUUGCCGCACACUCAUGCUGCUCCCAUUCACUUCAGUGGGAUUUGCAAGUUUGUGCUGCUCCCAUUCAUUUCAAUGGGAUCUGCACAGAAGUUGGUGGACUGUGCUUAAUGUAGUUCGUCAAGCCCAACCUGAAGUUAAUCUUUCUCUCCUAGGAACAAACUAUUUUUAUACGUUUUUCUUUAAAAUUGAGGUCAGAUCAUUGAGUUGCUACAAAUGGAAGCCAUAAUUGACCUUCACCAAAUAAAUGUUUUAAAAAUCACAUUAGGGAAACAAAAUAGCUGUAGUGUUAACAGCGAAGGGGACGGGGGGACAGACAGAAGCAAAAGUGCAAAUGAUUGGGGUUGCCCUUACAGGUAACCCAAGUAUGAUUUUCUUGGGUAGUAUUUUAUGAUGAUCCAUUUAUUUUAAAAAUAUAUUUAGAUUUAAAUAAAACUUUCUAAUAUUUUUCUUUUUGUGGGGCGGGGUGGGGGAUAUCCCUAGAAAUGCUUCCUCACUUUUAGAAUUAUGAAAGAAACUGAUUUUCUUAUACUUCCAAGUUUCAAAAGUUUUAAUAUUUUUAUCCUAUUUCCAGUACCUUUUUCUUAACGUAAAGUGAGAUGUUACAUCUCUGUGCUGUUGGAGCCACAAGUUAUUUGGUGCUUGGCUGUAGCUGUUAUUGUUGUAAGUUUAUUUUAAUCUCCCUUUUAGGAGUAGUUUGAAACUUUGAUCAAGCAUGCUCACCACCUUUGGAAUUAAAACAAGACAUUAGGGUUGCAUUGUUGCCUGAACACAAGCACAGACUUUUUUUUUAAAUCCCAUCAGAAAGGUUCACUUCAAACUCAUAAGAAGAGUUAUAUUCUCAAACAAAAAUAUCUCAUAGCCUCAAUGUUAUUUUUCCCCAGGAAGAUAAUUGUAUAAUAAUAAUAUUAAUAUUAAUAAUGUAUUUUAUUGGCCUAUAGAUGCAGAAAGCAAACACACAGAAAGGUGAUAUAACAUUUGUUUGAUGUCCGCAGUUUCCGUCCAACAUCUCUCUCUCUCUCUUUCUCCCUCUCUGCUCUUUCUCCUAUGUUUAAUAUUUAUGUGAAAGUGAGUAAAAACUACAGCCUGAUUCAUUUAGAAAGUGACAAUUUUUUUCUUACAAAAUGUCUUAGGACCAAUUUCUUCCUUCCCCCAUCAAAUUUUUAAACAGAUUUUAUAUUUCUUUAGAAUGUAAUAGGGUUUUUUUGUCUUAUUUUAUGUCUUGUAAGUUAUUAGUUCAAUACUGUUAGCAUUCCAUAAUAAUGCACACAUGAUUUUUGAAUGUUUUCUGUAAAUGACAAUCAAUGUUGAUGAAGUUCCUUUCUUUAAUGCUGAACAAAAUUAAAAAAUGUAUAAGAAAACAA